AUGUCGGUAGUAGAGAUGGUGCCCUUCAUCAGGGCGCCAAGAUGGAAGGGGAAGGGGAAAGCCGUCCUACGAGAAGAAGUCUCUGCGUCUCAGCCUUGUGCCAUCGUCAUCUCCGAUACAUCUCCCGAUACAACAGAUCCCAACGAUGAAGAGAAGCCACAAUUGAAGGGCGAACAGAAGGCUGUUGCAUCUAUCCCUAUUGUACUAGACUCCGAUUUCGACGACGAGUUCAGAUGGAAGGGCAAAAGUAAAGCGAUAAUACCGGAUGUGGAGGACCAGAUGUCGACUUCCAUGAUUCAAUUCACUGCUGGAGACGUACUCGAGGUGGACUGGACCAAGUAUGAGCCUCCGCAGGGGCUGAGAAACACCAUUGAGAUCAAGUCUGAGAUCAUAAGGCAGAUAAUCCAGAAUUCCAUCGACCAGGUCAAGAGUCGAAUAGCCGAGGAAGAGGCAAAGCGAAUCGCUGAAGCUGAAGCCGAGAAAUCACAGGAAGAGGAGAGGGCCAGACUGGCAGCUGAGGACCGAAAGGCUUCAGAAGCACCAGAAGCUGUCCUCGAUGGAGAUUCCGACACAGUAGGGGAUUCGUCGAGACCUGCGAUGAUGGAAAAGAUGUCUCAUCCCAUCACAUUUGCAGGCGUUCAACUUCAUCUUGAUGCCCAUGGACUGUUGCGUCCAGCUGAUCCAGCAAAGUCGAAGAAACGCUCGCUGAUGGGACUUCUACGUCGUCUGAACAACAAUGAAAAGGCAGAGGGUAGUAUGUCAGGGGCUACUCGCCACAAACACAGCCUAUACACGAGCAGUGUCGACUUGACUUCGCCCACAGGCAAAAGGCGAUUUGCGCUCGAUGUUAAGAAGGUUACAUCUAAUAAUAGCAGCAGCCCGACAUCGUCGAUCCACGAAGAAAUUAUAGAAUGUGUGUCGUGUCUCGACGACUUCACUGCCAAAGAGAUGGUCAAGGCACCUUGCCACAGCUAUUGUCACGACUGUUUUGCCCGGCUCAUCACCGCCGCUUGCGAGAAUGAGCAGCAGUGGCCACCAAAAUGCUGUCUGAACGAUAUCCCAGAAGGAAUAGUCCUCUCCAACACCAGCACAGAGCUUCGGGCCAGAUACCGUGAGCGAGCUGAAGAGUGGAACAUCCCCGUCAGCGACCGAAUCUAUUGUCACCAGCCCGACUGCAGCUUAUGGAUCCAGCCCAUCAGAAUCGACCAGGUCAGCAGUCUCGGCACAUGUGCCAAUGGCCAUCGGACGUGUACCAUCUGUCACGGGCCGCAACACGACGAAGCCGACUGCCCCCAAGAUAGAGACCUGAUCAGAACGGAGGAACUGGCCGAGGAAGAAGGCUGGAGACGGUGUCAUCUCUGCCACGCUUUUAUCGAGCACAGGGAAGCAUGUCAGCACAUGACUUGUCGAUGCGGAGCUGAAUUCUGCUACGUCUGCGGCGCCAUAUGGCGCUCGUGCGCAUGCACCAUGGACCAGCUCCGCGCGGUGAAGAACAGCGCUGCGACCCGCCGGCAGGAACGCCAGGCACGCGAGGCUCGGGAAGAAGCUGAGAUUGCGGAAGCGCUUCGCCUCGUCGAGGAAUUUGAGCGCGAGCAGGCGCGGAAAGCAGAGCUCUUGAGACUGGAGCUAGAACGGGUGGAAAGAGAACGCAAAGAGAGAGAGCUCCAGGAAAAGCUUGAGAAGGAAGAGCAACGGCGGGUAGCUGUUGAGGCUAAGUUUCAGGAGUUGCGGGAACUGCUCAAGGAUUUGCAUGAGCGACAGUGGACGAUUGUUAAAUCCGAACAUGACAAAGAGGAGGCUAACACGAGAAGCCGGGCCCUGUUGGCCAUGGGCAAACUCCGGGCACAACACAAGGCGGAGCGCGAGACCAUCGAAGUUGAAGCGAACACCAAGAUCACUGACCGAAAGAGGGAGCUAGACUGUGAGUACGCAAUACGUGUUGCCGAGGAGCGCCGCAUCGAGGAGGAAUACCACAAGCGCCUGUGCGCCUUUUGGGGCGACAGAAAGGGAGGCGAGCGGGGUGUCGAAGACGCGCUGCGGAAGCUCAAGCGGAGGAUGGACAACGCUCAUGCGGUCUGGUGGAAGUGGAUGCAGAACGAGAUGGAGGCUUGUCAGUACCAGGUUCAGGAGGAGCAGGACAUUCGGUUUGAGUUGAUGCAUGAGGCCGAGAGGAGACUGGCUUUGUCUUCAGAGUGGAAAUGGGAAGAGCUUCUGAGGAGGAAUGAAGCGGAGGUGAAGUGGGUGGAUGCGGUGGUUAGGGAGCGCGAGGGAAUGCUGAAUGAUAUGGAGAAUGGGGAGGAUAUUGAGGCUUGGUUUGCUGAGGGGGGUUUGAAUGGUGCGAUAGAGGAGGAGUUGAAGGUUCCGGGGGCGUAUAGAUGGGAUUGA